GGUGUCUCGGGCUAGUCGUCCGCAAGCAGCACUCGUACACGGACGGAGAGCGACGGGGUGUGGUAGAAGGUCGAUGCGGAGCUGACGAAGAGAGAUGCAAGGAUUUCCCAGUAGGGUGUAUGAGAGAAGAAAGAAAUGGAUGGAUGAACAGAACAGGUUGAUCGAUCAAACGUGCGGAAUCAACGAGGAUCUUGGUCGAGUAUUAUAUCGUCCAAACGACACCAGUUGGAUGGCGUUGUCGUUGGGCCAUAUUGAGGAGAUGCUGGCCUCUAGCCGGGUCGGCAUGUCAUAGUAGAAGGAUUGUCUGCGUUGUACGAGUACUUUGUCGCUUCGCAUUGAGGGUCAAAUAAGAUGCCAUCUGCCCUAGCCAGCCCACUCGGCGGAUGGACUUGCGCAGUCGGGCGCUCAUCAUUGAAUGCAUCCAACCUUUUGGACGUUUGUCUUGCUCCGUGUCCCUCCGGUCGGGCAAGGGUGUGGCACAGGGGACGCGCCAACUAGAGGUAGCAGCAGUAGUUUCUUUUCCCCAAGCUGCAUUAGCCGGCGCCAGGCCUCCGGGAUCCGCAGGGGGGUGGAGAGACACGACGCCUUUUUUUGUGCUGUUGUCUGGCGGUUUGCUCAGGUGCUUUGCGCUGGGAAUAGGGGAUAAUGGACUGAUGUUGAGGCUGAGAGGAUGAUGAAUUUGAAAUCAGACGAGAUGUGUGUAAGUGUGCAUGAGCUUGGAGAGAUUACGAGACUGAUAACAAAGAUAAGAUAGAAAAAAAGAGAGAAAAG